CAAACAAUCAUGCCUCGUAGAUUUCAUGCCCUAUUCACCGUUAAUCUCUUCUUCUUCCUCUCAUGUCCGAACACACUUUCCUCCAUGGACUCCGACUGGAAGCUGUGGCUGGCGAAGUCGAAUAGAACACAAGUAACCGUGAGCCAGGAUGGGAGCGGAGAUUUCAUGAGCAUCAAUGAGGCAGUCAGCAACAUUCCCCUUCACAAUACUCGUAGGGUGGUUAUACGCAUAAAUUCCGGUGUUUAUAGGGAAAAGGUGAGCAUCCCUAAAACGACACCGCAUCAACGGUGAGGACAUUUCAAACUGCUACUGUUGCCGUUGAUGCUGAUUAUUUUAUUGCAAUCAACGUCAAGUUUGAGAACAGCGUGCCGCACAUGGUGGGGAGGAGAGGCGAGCAGGCGGCGGCGCUGCGGAUAUCAGGGACAAAGCCGGCGUUCUACAACUGCAGCUUCUAUGGUAGUCAAGACACCCUCUACGAUCACAAAGGCCUUCACUACUUCAGCAACUGCUUCAUUCAAGGCUCCGUCCACUUCAUCUUCGGCUAUGGCACAUCACUCUAUGAGAAUUGCUAUCUGAACUCGGUGACGAAGAAGGUGGCGUCGGUCACAGCUCAAAAGCGGUCGGAUUCAUCAAUGGCGAGUGGGUUUUCGUUCAAGAAUUGUACAGUAACAGGGACCGGAUCGAUCUAUUUAGGAAGAGCGUGGGGAGAUUAUUCGAGAGUCGUGUUUUCUUACACAUUUUUGGAUAAAAUCGUUCUUCCCCAAGGAUGGAGCGAUUGGGGCAACACAUCUCGCCACCAGAAAGUGUAUUAUGGUGAAUACAAAUGUACCGGAGUAGGAGCAAACGUGACGGGUCGAGUAGCGUGGGCGAGAGUGCUCACAGACGACGAAGCCAUGCCAUUUAUUGGCACUUACUAUAUUGAUGGCGACUCUUGGCUUAUAAAUCCUUCUGCCUAUCUCAUUUGACUA